AUGCAUGCAAGUGUGCUCGAGCGACGGACGACGGCGACGACGACGAGCAGCGACAGAGACGGUGGCGGGGGACUGGGGCUGGUUGGACGGCCAUCGAUCUGCUCGCGGAUUGAGGAGGAACGUGAAGACGGGAUUUCCCCUUCGGACCUCCUUCGCGCACGCUGGGCCAAGCUCGCUGGCGAACUAUAUAAGAAACGGAGCCAUCGUCCGCCCAGACACCAACCCAAACCACCCCCCAUCCUCUCCACCACCACCACAAAGCCCUACCACUCCCCAGCCAUGGCAAACCUCAUGCCCCGCUCCGACUCCUUCAACGCCCGCGUCCGCGGCUCGUCCCAUAUCGACUUCAAGACCGCCACCACCGGUGUCGUCGCCAAAGCCAUGCGCAACGAGCUCUCCCGCCUCGUUAGCACCGUCGAGGACCCCCAGACGAAGAAGGCAUUCGACACCGAGAUGCAGUCGUUCUUCUUCCUCUUUACUCGUUACCUCGCGGAACGCGCUCAGAACGCGCCUCUCGACUGGGACCGCAUCAAGUCUCCCGGCGAGGACCAGAUCGUGCCCUACAGCACCCUUACUGCUCCCGAGAACACCUCCAACCUCAACAAACUCGCCGUGCUCAAGGUCAAUGGCGGUUUGGGUACCUCCAUGGGUAUGACCGGCGCGAAGAGCGCCCUCGAGGUCAAGGACGACAUGACCUUCCUCGACCUUACCGUCCGCCAGAUCGAGCAUCUCAACACCACUCACCGCGUGGACGUGCCCCUUAUCCUCAUGACCUCCUUCAACACCCACGAAGAUACCCUCCGCAUCAUCAAGAAGUACGCAAACCAGCAACUUCGCAUCACCACUUUCAACCAAUCGCGUUACCCCCGUAUCUUCAAGGAGACCCUCCUCCCAUGCCCGAAGAGCGCAAAUGACGACAAGAAGCAUUGGUACCCUCCCGGCCACGGUGAUUUGUACAACGCCCUCCUCCAUUCGGGUGUCCUCGACCAGCUGAUUUCGGAGGGCAAGGAGUACCUUUUCGUCUCCAACUCGGACAAUUUGGGUGCCGUUGUCGACCAGAACAUUCUCCAACACAUGAUUGACAGCCAGGCUGAGUUCAUCAUGGAGGUCACUGACAAGACCAAGGCUGACGUCAAGGGUGGUACCCUCGUGGACUAUGAAGGCUCUAUCCGUUUGCUCGAGGUGGCGCAAGUGCCUUCAGAACACAUCGAGGACUUCAAAUCCGUCCGCAAGUUCAAGAUCUUCAACACCAACAACAUCUGGAUCAACCUCAAAGCAUUGAAGAACAUCAUGGCCAACGAGCAGAUGGAGCUCGACAUCAUCAUCAACCCGAAGACAAACGACGAUGGCGAGGCCGUCGUCCAGCUCGAGACCGCUGCCGGAGCCGGUAUCAAGCACUUCAAGAACGCCCACGGUGUCAACGUCCCCCGUUCCCGCUUCUUGCCCGUCAAGAGCUGCUCGGAUCUUCUUCUGAUCAAGAGCGACAUCUACUCUCUUCAACACGGGCAACUCAUCAUCAACGAGCAGAGGAUGUUCGAGAGCACCCCCGUCAUCAAGCUCGGCGACCACUUCAAGAAGAUUCAACAAUUCCAGAAGCGCUUCAAGAAGAUCCCCAAGAUUGUCGAGCUCGACCAUCUCACUGUCACCGGCGACGUUUACUUCGGCCGUAAUGUGACCCUCCGGGGGACCGUGAUCGUUGUGGCCAACGAGGGUCAACGAAUCGACAUCCCCGAUGGUUGUAUCCUUGAGAACAGGCUCUUGUCUGGUAACCUCAACAUGAUUGACCUCUGA